UUCUGAAAUAGUACAAUGAUGCUAUAGAGAAACAGAAUGUGGUCAUUGUAUUAAAUACCAUAAUGUGGCAUUUUCUGUAUUCUUUCACUCAAAACUUGAAUUCAAAAAAAUCUCCUAACACAGUUAUCUUUUACCACAAAAAGUAAACCUUCCUCUGUUUUUACAAUCUUGACAAGUAAUGCUAUUGAGAAAAGAGUUAGGUCAUGGCUCAUGAUCUUAAACGCCACAAGUUGUUUGUUUGUGUCAUAAACGUAGAACCUUAAAAGUAAAAAAAAAAAAAACUCUGAUACAAUUUGCAUGCAUAUGAUGACACAUCAACAAAUUUCUCUUUCUUUAUAUCUUGUCAAGAUUCAUGCAUUUAUGUUGAGAUGAUAUGUCUUGGGGACCAAGUGUAAAUAUGAAACCUAAAACGAUUCAACUCAUUAUUUCCAUUUUUGUGUUAGAUGCUAAUUACUAAACUUUACUAUUUUGGUGCUACUAUUGAAAUAUUAAUACAACUCAUUAUUCAAGUUUACUUACUCCGUAAAAUUUACCAUCAUGCGGCCGCCUUACACUCUGGUAUCGUCUGCAAUGCGGCUGAUACGACCGUCCAUCCGCCGUCUAACUUCUAUUGCAUACCCUGACUCUGAGUUCAUGUCGUAUAUGAACAAUAAGGCUAAGUCCAUCAAUAAAGCGCUAGACGAUUUCGUUCCUCUUUGUAACAAUUCAGUUCCUCUUUGGGAGCCAGUACUCGAGGUUCGCAAAGCUAUGAGGUAUACGCUUCUCUCAGGUGGCAAACGACUAAGGCCAAUGCUCUGUUUGGUCGCUUGCGAGCUCGUAGGUGGCCAAGGGUCAACCGCGAUGCCUUCUGCCUGUGCGGUUGAGAUGAUUCACGCGUCGUCGCUCAUCCUAGAUGACCUUCCUUGUAUGGAUGACGACAGCCUCCGCCGUGGAAAGCCAACCAACCAUAAAGUCUUUGGCGAGAAAACAGCAAUCUUGGCCGCUAAUUCUCUCAUGUCUUUGGCCGUCAAGCAGACAUCAGCAUCAACCUCCUUGGGGGUGCCUUCAGAGAGGGUUCUUUGGGCCGUUGAGGAGAUGGCGAGAGCUGUUGGGAUGGCGGGACUCGUGGCGGGUCAAGCGGCGGAUUUGGCUGGAGGAAGUAUGAGUUUUGAGAAUAAAGAUGAUGAAUUGAGACAUCUUGAGUUGAUACAUAUUCAUAAAACCGCGGUUUUGGUUGAAGCUGCGGCUGUUGUGGGAGGUAUAAUGGGAGGUGGGUCUGAUGAAGCGAUUGAGAGGCUUAGGAGAUACGCGAGGUGCGUUGGACUGAUGUAUCAGGUUGUGGAUGAUGUGCUCGAUGAGACCAAGUCGUCCGAGGAGCUUGGGAAAACUGCCGGAAAAGAUUUGAUUACCGGGAAGCUGACUUAUCCAAAGCUGAUGGGUGUGGAGAAUGCGAGAGAAUAUGCAAAGAGGUUGAACAGAGAAGCGCAGGAACAUCUUCAGGGGUUUAAUUCAGACAGAGUGGUUCCUUUGGUGUGUCUCGCUGAUUACAUUGUCAAGAGACAAAACUGACCAUUGCCCCCAAAGCGUCAUGACAA